CGCAAACACCCGUCUGCCCUGCCCCUCGCAGCAACAACACUACAACACACAGCUCUCGCUUGUUUUCGUGCAAUAAGAAACACGGAAAACGGGCAAAAUCGUGCCUGCGUGACAUGAAAUAGUGCAAUUUUUUCAAGGAAACCGUUUGGCAACCCACUCAUACUGCAGAGGGGAGGGGAUUGUGGAGGCAAAGCCAGUGAUCGGUGCGUGAAAACUGUUCGCUUUCUGUGUUUUUGUUGUGUGAAAAUGCGUACCCAGCUCGGCUGCUGGCAAUGCGUAGAAGGAAAAGCCUGAAAAGUGCACCCACUGGGUGGGGAGGUGAUUUAGUGCAAAGUGUGUUAAACUAAGGAAAGGAAACAUUCUCUGUUCUGGAUGGAAGACAAGAAAAGGUGAAACGGUGAAAAGGUUCCAUUGAGAAAGAAGCCGUAUCUUCUGUGUGUUGUGCAGUGAAAGUUCCAGUGCAGCGAGGGGAAGGAAAAUGUAAAAUGCCUAAGCACCCUCUCGCAUCGUGAAAGUAAGACGAACAAGAAGAAAACGAGCUCAGGAAGCAAAAACGUUCCUGUAAACAUAUACCCCCGUCGUACGCAAAAACAAUCAAGCUCGCCAGAAAUAUCGGUCCCCGCGGAAAAGAAAAUCACAUCAACACACACACACGCACAUACACACACACCCCCCAGCCCUAAAUGUAUCGUUCGUGGCACACACGUAACCCCCGCACGGUACAGCCAGAUGGGAUGUUGUGGUGGGGUGGCUUGUGCUAGAAAAUAGGUUUUGCCGGUUGUUUACCGCACGGUUGUCGGAGAGAAGAUGAGAACCGGGCUCGGCAGGAGGCGGAAAGGGAAAGCCGGCGCUGCCGUCACCGUCGGACCGCCGCCGUUCCUUGCCGAUUGGGUAUUGUGGGUGGCGUUGUCGCUGCUACUGAUUGCGACCGCCGUCCGCACCACGAGUGUGUCACCUGGUGUUAAUAAUAGCUCCACCAUCCUAAAUCGACCCAGUCCCUAUCAACCCGGACACGAUGGGCAACGUUCUCCACUGGACAGUUUGGAAGGGAGUGGUGGUGGUGGUGGUGGUAGUACGCUGAGUUACAAUGCCACCGAACGUGAGGGCAACCGGUCCGCCACGACGUUCGAGCAGUCCGCAAAACCAUGCUGUGAUAGUAAUAGCACCGACCGGGCGCAGACGGCUUCUCCUUCCGCGAGGACGCACCGGGUAGUGAUAGAAUUUUCCACCAAAAUUGUCCAGAACGAGUACAUCGUCCAGUUCAACGGCUACUACAAACCGAAGGAGCGCGAAAGCUUCAUUCAAUCCGCCCUGAACGGAUCCAAGGUACAAAAAUGGCGCAUCUUGCUACGGAACAAUCCGGCACAGGAUUUCCCGAGCGAUUUCGACGUGCUAACGCUGGAGGAGGCGAUCGAAUUCGCGGACGAUGGGUUGGCGCUGCUUCGCACGCAUCCCUCCAUCAAAAGCAUAUCCCCCCAGCGGAUGGUGCAUCGUGCGCUGAAGUAUGUUCCCCUCCGGCAGUCGGACGCCCAUCAAGCCGAUGCGGAAGAGGAGCAGGAAGAAGAGGAGGAAGAGCUGCCAGAGCAGCCCGAGCCCGAGCUCGAGCUGGACGAUGCAGAAACGAACGAUUUUAUCGAGUUCAUCCAAAAGCGCCGCCUAACAACGGAAGCUAAUUCGUUUGCCCAGCCACCAGCACCACCGGCACCUCCGCCACAAUCCCCCAACCGGCACACCAACCGGCGGUUGCUUCGUGCGAUUCCACGCCAAAUAACGGCCCUACUGAAAGCGGACGUGCUGUGGAGCAUGGGCAUCACGGGGCAGGGCGUCAAGGUGGCCGUGUUCGAUACGGGGCUGGCCAAAUCCCAUCCACACUUUAAGCGCAUCAAGGAGCGCACGAACUGGACGAACGAAAAGACGCUGGACGAUGGCGUCAGCCACGGUACGUUCGUGGCCGGCAUUAUCGCCUCGUCCAAGGAGUGUUUCGGCUUUGCGCCGGACGCCGAGCUGCACAUCUUCCGCGUCUUCACCAACAACCAGGUGUCGUACACGUCCUGGUUUCUGGACGCGUUCAAUUACGCCAUCCUGAAGAAGAUCAACGUGCUCAACCUGAGCAUCGGCGGGCCGGACUUCCUCGACCAGCCGUUCGUGGACAAGGUGCUGGAGCUGUCGGCGAACCGCGUCAUCAUGGUGUCGGCGAUCGGGAACGAUGGCCCGCUGUACGGGACGCUCAACAAUCCGGGUGACCAGAUGGACGUGAUCGGUGUCGGCGGGAUGGAUUACGCCGACAACAUUGCCAAGUUUAGCUCGCGCGGCAUGACCACGUGGGAGCUGCCGUACGGGUACGGCCGCCUCAAGCCGGACAUUGUCACGUACGGGAGUCAGGUGAAGGGCAGCAACCUGAACGGUGGCUGCAAAUCGCUCUCGGGCACGUCCGUUGCCUCGCCGAUGGUGGCCGGUGCGGUAACGCUGAUCGCGAGCGGUGUGCUCGACCGGCCGGGAGUCGAUUUGAACCCGGCCUCGAUGAAGCAGGCACUGAUAGAGGGUGCGGAAAGGCUGGCGGACAACAACAUGUUCGAGCAGGGCCACGGGAAGCUGAACAUACUGCGGAGCAUGAAAGCGCUGGCAGCUUACCGGCCGCGCGUCACCCUUUCGCCGGCGUAUCUGGACUUUACCGAGGACUACAUGUGGCCGUACACGACGCAAAGCUUGUACUACAGUGCGAUGCCGGUGAUUGCGAACGUCACCAUCCUGAACGGGAUGGGCGUGUUUGGACGGGUGAUAAACCGACCCACCUGGCAUCCGUACAGCAACGAGCACGGUGAGCUGCUGAACGUUUCGAUCAGCUACUCCGAGCAGCUGUGGCCGUGGUCCGGCUGGAUGGCGGUACAUAUCGGGGUGAACGAGGCAGGGCGUGGAUUUGAAGGCAUCGCGCAGGGUCACAUCACGCUGACGGUACAAAGCCCGCCGCAGGGCGAGAACGAACGGGAACCCCGGAACGGCACGGUCAGUUUCGCAAUCAAAGUGCGCAUCAUUCCACAGCCGCCCCGGCAGAAGCGAAUCCUGUGGGACCAGUACCACAGUCUGCGCUAUCCGCCGGGCUAUCUGCCGCGUGAUAAUCUGAAAAUCAAAUCCGACCCACUGGACUGGCGAGCCGAUCACGUGCACACCAACUUUAAGGACAUGUACACGCACCUCCGCAACGCUGGCUACUACGUGGAAGUGCUCGGUGCGCCGUACACCUGCUUCAACGCAUCCCACUACGGCACACUGCUCGUGGUCGAUCCGGAGGAAGAGUUUUUCCCGGCGGAAGUUGCGAAACUGCGCGAAGACGUGCUCGAGCGGCAGCUGAGCGUGAUCGUGUUUGCCGACUGGUACAACACGUCCGUCAUGCGGCGGAUAAAGUUCUACGACGAGAACACGCGCCAAUGGUGGAUGCCGGAUACGGGCGGGGCCAAUGUGCCGGCGUUGAACGAUCUGCUGCGGGGGUUCGGCAUCGCGCUCGGCGAUCGUGUUGCGGACGGGUACUUUGAUAUGCGCGACCAUCGGAUGUACUAUGCGUCCGGGGCGAACAUUGUGCGCUUUCCCGUUGGAGAAGGCACGAUUCUGGUCGAGCGGGACCUGCUCGAUGAAGGGCUGGCGAUAACGCAACCGGACGAACCCCGCUCGAAGGUGCGGACGCGCACAGCCAUCCUGGGGAUGCUGCAAACCGAUCGGAGAGUGUACGCACGGCUACAGCCGGCAACGCCCAAUCCGGAAGGAGCGCCACCAUUGGCUCCACCGGACGAGCUGCCGGAGGAGUGGGAAGAGGACGGUGGGAAGAUCGAUCGGGACGCAAUCAUCAACAAGCGCAUCCUGCUGAGUGCUGCUGUCGGUGGUGCUGGUGGUGAUGUUGAGGAGGAUGAGGAUGUCCCAAACGAUGGCGGUGAGUUUAACCGGGACGAUGCGAUGAAUCGCGUGGAUGCCGGUGAGGAACCGCUGCCGGAAGACGACCGGGACGGUGAUGAUUUGGGACAGUUGCUGCGCGAAAGGACGAAGGCUGUGAAGCAGCACAAUUCCACAACGGCACGAACGGGUGGUCGUCCCGAGCUGCUGGCCGGUGGCCGGAUUGCACUGUACGGCGAUUCGAACUGUCUCGAUUCGACGCAUCUGGAGAAGCCGUGCUUUUGGCUGCUGGACUCGCUGCUGGAGUACACAAUGACGGCGCAUGUAACCAGCCUACUGCGAGAUUUAAAUGUCAGUCGGCAAGUGGAACAGAUCGAAGAAAACGUGAAGCUACCUCAGCGAAUGCCGAACAACAAUCUGCACCUGUACUCGAAAGUGCUGGUGGCUCACACGACAACGGGCGAGAAACGUCCCAUACCUGUGUGUCAACGGCUAGAGUGGGAAUAUCCGGUCACGCUGAACAUGUCCAGCUUAAGCUUCGGCACCGGUCCAAACGAUCAUUUACUCGUCCAGGAGCAGCAACAGCAGCAGCAGCAACAGCUUCUAGUGGUCCAACAGCGUCAACUAAAGCAAGGCCCACCGCAACCAAUCAUGCCGUUGGUGGGGAACGAGCUCGUCUACAGCAGCCGGGGUCGUAGAUUGGAAAGUCAGAAAGGUGGUAAUGCCGCACUAGGCGCCAACGAUGAACCAGACGUUCCCGGAUGGCGCAACAAGAAAACGGAUAAAAUCCCCCCAAACGCACCACCGAAUGGAUUCAACGGUCCAUCCGGUGCAUCACCAACGGCCGGCACACCGAUGGCGGUCGGGGUGAAGAUAAUUCCCCUUGCCGGAGGAUCCACGGAAGACGUUGACUACUAUGCGGAGAGCCGCGCCGGUGGUGGUGGUGGUGGUGGUUCGAAUGGAGAUCGUUCCAGUGGUACAGUUGGGGCGUUCUACUGGUUGGGCGGCUCGAAAGGUGCCGUAAUGUUGGCACUGUUCGCGUUGCUUGCUCUACUGAACUGGGUGCGCAAAACGAAAGGACUCACGAUCAAGCGACGGCUCAAUUACGUCUUCAAUAAGGUUGGCUUCUGAGGAGCUGAAGUACAGACACGGUUGGCUAUACCAAAAGAGACGAGCGAUAAGGCAACGAAACGGACCGGCUGGUAGUAGUGGUAGCUUAAGUUGGGGGAACAAGACUCGUUACACGGUAGGUGGUAAGGGAAGUAUUUGCCAGCUUUUCGUAUUAGGGCUCAAUGUUGUUUUAUGUUCUUGUUAUUCUUCGCGUCGUAGGAGAGGGCGGUUCUAGUUCACUUUUUAGCUGCAGUAAUGAACCUUUUUUUUAAUUUAAAUACUACUGUAUGUUUAGCCAAGGAGAAGGAAAUCAGUGCUGUUCUUCUGGUAGGUGUAUCUUGUUGAAGAUAUGGCAAUAGAAAAUAGGAGCCCCAAAUGAGCGGUGUGUGUGUGUGUGUAGAGAGAGAGCAACAGCAAAAGAUUAACAUACAUUAUGUCAAUCCGUAUUGGUGUGAAUGUGUUCCUAGCUAUUCCCCGCCACACGGGGAGGAACGCAAAAUAAAGAAGAAAAUAUUUUUAUAUUUUUAUAACGAAAACACACAAGCGUAAGGAUUGCUUUGAUUGCGAAACAGAACGAGAGCAAAGGAGACAAAAGAACAGUUGGACAAGCGAAAGAAAAGAAGUGAGGGAGAACGGAACAGUUUCUUGGAAUGUUUUGGAUCUCUGUGGAGUUGCCGUUGGGGUCAAACGGAUGGAUCAGUGUAUCGAUGGCAGCCAGUGCGAAAAGUUGUGAUGAAGCGGAACCAAGAGUGAACUUGCUGUAAAAAAAGUUGAAUCAUAUUGCUUUAAAGUGAACCAAGGCGAUCAUCAGAAGUGGAAAUUGCAACCAUUUUCUUUCAACAAUUUCCCUCCCAAUAACCCAACAACGAGUGAAGUAAGUUUUAGAGAGUAUUUACAUACAUUUAUUCUUCGUAGUAGUAGUAGUGGUGAGGUGGUUGUUCCCAAUGUAGGGUUGGUUGAAGCAAUGUAGUUUCUUUUAGAAAGUGCAUCACUUUAGAUUCCAUGGUUGUGUCGUUCUUUGGUAUUUCUUCUAUUUGCUUUGGUGGAUUGUAAUUGGCUCUAAUGUGUUCGUAUUCUGGGCAUUCAAUUGUCAGGUGUUUAACGGUGGCGUCCACUGCGCAAUUUGGGCAUAUUGCUGAGCUCUCGUUGUAUCGAAUGUGAAGAUGCGCGUGAUGCGGGUGUGUCCUAUCCUUAAUCUUAUUAUGGUUCUCUGGUAGCUGCGUGAAGGGUGAUCAUUCCAGGGAUCUAUUUUCCAUUGCAGUUUUAUCUGGUAAUGCAGCCACCGACGAAAGUUGGCUCUGGAUGACUUGUUGUGUUGUGAUACGGUGGAUGCGAAAACCAACGAAAGCUGAUGUAUUCGAUGUUGGGAAGUUACUCUAUAUGUUGGAUGUAGGGAUUGUUGAAGUUUCCGUGUUCUAUUGCCUCUAGUACCGGAGCGCUAUCGGUAAAGAUAACACACUCGGCGUUUUGAGGUGCUCUUUCUUCGGCUGCUUUGAUGACAGCUAUCGCUUCCGCUGAGAAGAUGGUGGUGGGACAAGGCAGUUUGAGUUGUAGGUUUCUGUUUUAUGUGUAUGCUGCACAACCGGCGUUGGGUGGUAGAACUGAUCCAUUGGUGUAAAUGUUGUAGUUUUUUUAGUAGUUAUCGGCUAUUUCGAUAAAGUGUUGUAUUACGACCAAUCUAUUGUUGUUAUGCUUGCUGAUGUGUUGCAUAGACCGGUCUAUCUUGUUGAUGGGAUUGUACCACGGUUUUUGCUUGUUUUUGUUGAUGUCAUGGCCUAUGAUAUGUCAGUGGAAGAACGCCGCAUUCAACUAGUGCUGCAUCGGUUGGACUGGUUCUGAAGCAGCCCGAUAUGUAAUUGACGGCCCGGUGGUACGGUGGAGCGAUUUGUUGGAUAAGAUCUGUGGAAGUUAGUGAGGCAAUCUCCGACCCGUACAGCAGCCGCGGCAAGAACCAGCCCUUUAGGACUGCCAACAGCGCUGGGCGAGGGGUGUUAUUCUGUGCCAACGUACGGAUAAUAUUUAAGCGAGGAUUUGACUUUUUGAAGCCGCUAUGGAGUUGGUCCACUGGUGUACUGGUUGUUGUAAUUUGCGUCGUGUAGUCUUGGCGUAAUGGAGUGUGGAAACCAGUAUGAUGUCGUCAGCGUAGAGAAAGGCAUUACUAAACCGGGGAACAGUUUCUCGAUUCGACACACCUGCACAGACCUGCUUUCGGACGCAGUGCUUUCGGACGCAGUGACAGCGAACGUCAGUGUUUUGCUGUGCGGUCGGUCGCUGGAGCACAUUGAAGGUAAACAUUGGAAAGGAAAGUUGGGAUAAGGUGCAGUGAAGUUGUGCUUGUUUCGAUGGGAAAGAUGAGGCUGUCUGAGCGAAUGGUUCAAAAUAAUCUACUCCCGUACUCGAAGGUGCUGGUUUGCUCACACGACAACGGGUGAGAAUGUGUGACAACGAAACGAGCUUCUGCCGGGACAGCAGCCGUACAAAAGGAAAUAUCUCCAUCUCUCCGUUUGGGACAGUUGCUGCGCGAAAGGACAAAGGCUGUGUAGCAGCACAAUUCCACAACGGCCCGAACGGGUGGUCGUACCGAGCGUUAUUUGUUUUAUUGACAGAAAACCUACCUCAGCGAAUGCCGAACAACAAUCUGCACCUGUACUCGAAAGUGCUGGUGGCUCACACGACAACGGGCGAGAAACGUCCCAUACCUGUGUGUCAACGGCUAGAGUGGGAAUAUCCGGUCACGCUGAACAUGUCCAGCUUAAGCUUCGGCACCGGUCCAAACGAUCAUCAAAGGAUAGUAAUGCUUCACUAGGCGCCAACGAUGAACCGGACGUGCCCGGAUGGCGCAACAAGAAAACGGAUAAAAUCCCCCCGAAAGCACCACCGAAUGGGCGGUCCAUACACGGUAGGAAGUAAGAGACGUAUUUGCCAGAAGGAAAUGGGGGCUAUUCUUCUGGUAGAUGUAUCUUGUUGAAGAAAAGGAAAAUGUUUAUGGGAAAGGUCCCCAAAUGAGCGGUGCGUGUGUGGAGAGAGCAACAGCAAAAGAUGAACAUACAUUAUGUCAAUCCGUAUUGGUGUGAAUGUGUUCCUUGCCCACACGGGGAGGAACGCAAAAUAAAGAAGGCAAUAUGUUUAUAACGAA